CGGCUCCGCUCUGUCACCUGUCACCAUCCUGUUUGAUCCGUUCCUGCAUGUAAAGUAUUUACUAUCUAUCACUUGUUGUUCGGCGUAGUCGAAUUGUGAAGGCCCCCAGACUGGCCCAAAACUCGCGGAUUACACGCGGACAAACACGAGUGACGGUCCACCAUUCGUAAAUCAAGGCAGUUAUGGUCCGCCGCCAUUCGGCCGGUGCAAGUUUUUCGGCUCAGAGCCCAAGAAAGCGGCCAAAGGUCUAUGGUAUUUUGGCUUUGCCUACCGCUUUGCAUUGCCAAUUUUCUGACAGUGUUUGCUGAGUGGAUCAAUGAAACCGUGAACUCGCCCUUCCAACCUGUUGGACGGUCUGUGCAAGCUGCUGCUUGGGAUUCUGCAAGCCAACAGCUUUGGAUCCAUGCUGGUAAUGAACAGCUAGUCCUGGAAGACCUAUGGACCUUUGAUUUUGAAAGCAGAACUUGGGAUCUGAAGCAGCAACGACGACAAUACAGACCCUCUGCGCGUUCAGACCAUGUGGCUGUUUGGGAUCCUGAGAGGCGAUCUUUGUGGAUUCAUGGUGGGUUUACCGGUACCGUCGGACCCCAUAACAAGUUCUUUGGAGAUCUCUGGAGGUAUUCGGGCAACAGCUGGACUCUGGAAGCCGACGAGACCGUGUAUGGACCAAGUCCCCGAAGCGAUCACGUGGCAGUGUGGGAUGCGGCCAGUUCCACGCUUUGGAUCCAUGGCGGAAAAAACGGACAUGGCAUCCUUCUGGGAGAUCUCUGGAGAUUCGACUCUCCUCCCAACAGACCUUCCUGGUCCUGGAGCCGUGUGGUUGACAAUGAGCCGCCUUCGGCGCGAGCUCAUCAUGUGGCUGUUUGGGAUGACACCAAUGCUGCCAUUUGGGUUCAUGGUGGAUAUGAUGGAGGCUUGAGUGGCUCUGUCUUGCGCCGAGAUUUGUUGAAGUUCGACACUAACACGAAUCGCUGGACCUGGAUCUCCAACGGUGGUCCAUCGGGCCGAGCGUAUCAUGUCGGUGCUUGGGACCCCACCAAUCUCGCCAUUUGGAUUCACGGUGGAUUCGACGGGUUGGCACGGCGAGAUCUCUGGAAGUUCAACACACAGACACGGAUAUGGGAUCUAGUUACAGAGCAGCAAGGGCCGUCACGACGCUUCAAUCAUGCCGCUGCUUGGGAUAUCAAGAGCAUGUCCUUUUGGGUACAUGGUGGCUACUCUGAUGGCAAUGUUGCACGCGAUUUGUGGAGGUUUCAUGUUACGACCACAUCUACAACCUGGACCACCUCAAGCUCGUCGAGCUCGUCCAGGACGACCUCCACAAGCAAAACCAGAACAACAAUCACGUCAACAAGUUCAACAACAAUUAGCACCUCCAGCACAAUGACCACUUCAAGCACAACAAAGACCUCAAGCACAACAAGCACUUCUACUUCAAGCACUACGCUCAGCAGCACCACAACCAGCAAAACUACUACCCAAAGCACAACAUCAAGCACGACCCCUUCGACGACCACUUCCAUCACGACCACUUCCACCACGACCACCACAACUACUACCCAAAGCACAACAUCAAGCACGACCCCUUCGACAACCACUACCUACAGCACCACUACAACAUCUCACACAAUCACCACAACCAGCAAAACCUCCACCACCAAGACCUCUACCACCAGCACUACGUUCACAUCGACAUCCUCCAGCACAAUCAGCAGUACAAGCACGAUCACCAGGUCCAGCUCCACAUCAUCAACUGGAACCUUUACAACCUCCACAAGCAGCACUGUGACUGUGACCACUACAGCUUGUCCAGACUUGGCUAUUGCCAUUGUUUGCCCGGCAGUUGGGGUGUUGAUUGCGACUCUUGCUGCUUUGGUUGCAUGGCGGUGCUUGAGGCGAAGGUUCAUUGUUAUACCGGUGCCACCACCAUUGCCACCACCACCAGAGUGCAUUCCACAUCCACCCAUGUUGCCUUUUCCCGUUGAAGAAGUCUAUGUCCUUCCCCUUUACAGUUGCGUGGAGGCACUCACAGAGUCAGCUCCUCAAGCCCGCUGCAAGAGCCUGAAAGGGUCUUCCUGCUUAAGGCUUGCAGGCUUUCCGGACUUGUAUCCAAGGAAGCUUUGCUCAAUCGCCCCUGUGAGGCACAUAAGCAUCGACAUCAAACCAGCAGCACCUUCAUUCCAGCGUGUCAUCCGGCCUCAACUGGGGACGCCAACACCGGGACCCUACCCAAAUGUGUCCAGCAGGCAUUGUUGCAAAGAGCCUCUCCGGACCUGCAACAGCCAACCGCCGCUCCGGACACCCCCUUCGGUCGGUCAGGCAAGACCAGCUUUCCAGCAACCAGAGCCUUUGCUGGAAAUCAUUCGACAAGUGCCUAUUGUCCGUGGAGCGCGAGGCAGUCUGGAGCAUUUGGUAGGCGAUUUGCCAUGUUUGAACUUGGACAGAGGCAUGAGAAGAGUAUGCCAGCCCGUUCUCUACUCAUACAUAGACAUGACACCGCAGUUGGAACAUUUGACCGUCGUGAGGACUAUUGUGGAAGUAGAUCAGCCGCAUGCCUUUCCAAUGCAGGGACCAGCUUUGACUCUGCGACCAUGCCUGGCAUAUGAACCGGCUACACAGAAGCCACGGGCUCUGAGACUUCCGCAAAGUGCGCCCAGUCUUUGUGUACCAGCUCGGACUCCUCCAUAUGUCAGACUACCAUGCUUCCUACAGACACUGGAUCCACCACCGUGUGCUCCACUAUGUGGUCCUCCAUGUGUGCCACCAAUGUGUUUACCUGAUCCUCCACCUACUCCACCAUCUCCAGGUGAUCCAAGUUCACGUCGAAGGUCCAGGACCCAGGAUGCAACGUCCAGGAUGAAACGAAGGGACAGAGAUCGGACUCCAGGGCCCGGUUUCUAUGAGCCACGAGAUCAGAACCACUUCGGGUGGAUUCCUGGCUUGGUGCCCGGCUUCCCACAUGUCCGUCGCCGCUACGACUGAGUCUAAUUAAGAAACAUCCAUUGCACCUUGCAAGGAGAAGGAGACCAAAGCUGUCAUCCUUGUGCUAUCGUAGUCAGUAGACCAAGGCAUUGUUUGAAAUGUAUCGGUCAGCACAAGCCGCAAGCUUGUUCAAAUUGUGAUGCCGAUCCUCCAAGAGGAUAUGAGCACUGUUAACUCAAUACUGUCACGGCUGCAGAAGCAAGAACAA